AUGCGAGUGCCCAAGUUCACGGACCAAGUGGUCAAGAGCCUGCGAUUGCUACUCCGCGCGAUUGAACAAGAAACGAACGCCAAGGGAUACACGGAUUUGCCGACGGAAGAGAACUUUUUCGGGGAUAUGGACGUAACGCAGGCAGCAGCACUGGUCACGUUAGGAGCGCGCUGCGGAUUGUACAAGAGAGCCUUGAGGAUAAGGAAACACAUUUUUCUCGGUAGCAAAGAAGGUCUGCACUUUGGUUGGGGGGACCGCUUGGCCGUGCCUGUCGCAGUGCCUCAAUUGGUCUCAGAGUAUGAAGAAGCAUUUGGCCUCGUCUUAGAUUCGCUGUCUAGCACGGUGCCCUCAAUGGUCCCUUUGUUAACUCGGUUGGUCAAGGAAAAGAGAAUUCAGGUUACAGUCGGUACCCCAACAUCGCCAAGGCAUAUUGUGUAUUGCCCCUGUGCGCCCUCACCCCUUGGCACUGCGAUCACCGGCGACGCGUACAUCUCCCCCUUAACAGGGUUACUUUUAUCCUUCAACUAUACACCAGAGGCCGGAGCCGCAGGAUUGGCACAGUUUUUAUGGAGUCAUUUGAUGGAAGCCAAGUUGCAGGAGCUAAAUCCGCUUAUGGCCUCUUUUGUUUCGCUGGCUCCUGUUGGGCCUAGCUCGAGAGGCGACGAAAGCGCCAACAACAUCAUUAGAUCCAAAAGCGUCUUGCUGCGCUCUAAUUCACUGCUGAUUGAGGCCUUCGGUCUUUGGGGCAAGCAUGUGGCCUUUUUUGAAGAUAUCAAUUCCGUCUCUCACCCUCACCUGCAACUACGGCUUCUGCUUUCAUACCUUGACGAAACGCUCGGCAGACUUGUCAAGGGUUCGCUCAGAAAAACCUUUCGGAAAAGGCUGAAGCAGUGGAGCAAGAGCACCGACGGCCUUGAGGAACUGGAAGGCAUGUGGCUUGAAUCUUUCAAGGACCACUUUGGUCCGGAGGGCGAUGUGUUCGACACUUUUGCCGGCAUCCGUUCCCAGUGGCUGUUUUCUGACGUCUUGGAGGAAAUGCUAGCCGCCGAUAGCAGCAAUACGGCGGAAGGCAACGGGUAUCUAGGAACACCCCCCAAGCCCGUGCACAUAUUGGCUUUUAUGGCCCUCUUGAAGGUGGCAAAUGACUGUUACUUUAUCAAGGGGUACCAGAAGACGGAAAAAGGGCGAAAGCCAACGCUGGAAGCUAUUGCCGAAGCAUUCGAAACUUUUGUGGCGGAGGCAGAAAGAGACGGCUUCGUUAGUGCUCUAAUUGCAAGAGGCGCCGCACUUAUGAGUCCAAAUUUCUGGAACGACGCACUGCAUCAAGUCGUUGACAAGCCAAUCCUGGAAGCAGAGAUGCUGGCUCGAGAGCUCUCCUACCUCAUGUCUCCCACAGCUCGAGGAACAUUUCAGUAG